AAAGGAAGGGGCCUGAGGCUGUUAGGAAUGGUGGGAGUUGAAGUCCAAAACACCUGGAUGGCCCAAAUUUACCCAUGCCUGUACUACACUAUAGAACAAUCUUCUCUUAUUCCACCCCACUCAGGAUGUAUUGGACUUCAAGAUUAGAAAUAUUAAGGCUACAUUGAAACUAGCUGACAAAUUAUGCUAUAUAAUAAUCUUAUGCUGUUAUUCCACCCCAUUCAGGAUGUCUUGGACUUCAAUUCCACUACAUUUAGCUACUAUGAGCCCACUGGCUUGGGUUGAUGGAAAUUUUAGUCCAACACAUCUGGAGUAAAGUGGCAGAUUGAGGAAAGGCUAUUAUGCAAGCAGCUGCAGCGAGGUCAUGGAAUUAACUUCUUUCACAGCAGCAGCAGCUGUACGUUGGUUUGACGAAUGUUAAGAUUGCCCAUCAUUCCUUCAUAGGAAUCAAGAAAGACUUUUCAGUUUUAUCAAUAGAAAGAAAGGUGGGACAAGUGUUUGGGACCAUGACUUGAUGGAGUAUGGAGGAAAUAAUGCCUCAAUAUGGCUGAUGGGAAGGUCAAUCCAACAACAGUUGAAGGGGGAAGAGCAGGGAUUACCCUGCUUCUGGUGUAUAAUUUUAAAAUGGGCUCUGGGAAUUCAGAAACACUCACUUUUAGCACAUUUUUGACUUCUUGGACCCACAGCUCCUGUGGAAAAUCUGGGAGACAAUGGACUCUACACCCUCUGGACGACUCUGGUUUGAUUAUCCUGAUUCAAACAAAAAGAAGAUCCUGGCCAUUUAUAAGUACAUUGGAGAAGAGCCGGAAUUUGUUGCCCCGAGUAACUUCCCCAACCUGCUGCGUACUAUCCUAGUAGGAUCUGUCAUCAUUAUCCUGGCCUUCUUCGUCUAUCAGAUCAUCUCAAAAGUGCUCUUUAAGAAGUCAAACACAGGUUAAACAGUGGGGAAGUCCAAUGCUGCUCCAACCAACCACCUACCAAUAUUGUUCUGUUUCCAUAAAAGGCUCUACAGAUGCAAGUAUUUGUGUACAAGUAUGAGCGACUGUGACAAACAAAGAAAACCUGAAAAGGAGGUAGAUCUGAGGGGUGUAGUUACGGGACGCUCAAGGAUUUUAACAACAAGCAAAUCUAGUUGAGGCAUCUUGCAGAGAAUUGGAAAGUUUAGCUGACAGAGCAAUAAAGACGCACAGUGGCCCUUGUCUGGCAUUGGAUAACGGCUCCUUUAAUACUUUGCAGAGUUUGGGUUAUUAUAAAUGCACCCUACCCAGCCCCUAUUUACAGCUGGAUCCCUGCCCCUACGGAGUGGGGAUUUCUAGGGGGAGAGGAGCAAGGGGAUUAUGUGCUGAACGGGGGAAGGGGUGGCAAGAGCAGAGGGAGGGACGUUUCCCUGCUUGGUUAUUGCUAAGUGGGGGGAGCCAUACAUAUGUCAGAAAAGCAUUCUUCUGGUCAAACUUCUCAAUGCAAAGGAAUAAUAUUUUAAUACACUUUGCGGAUGUGCUGAGAGGGUAACAUUUCAGUAAUACUGAUGAUCCCUUUGUAUUGAGCGGCAUCCAAAAGUUCUGGGGGUAUUUCCCUUAUUGGGCAAGCCUAUGAGAAUGAAUGAUACUACCAAUAAAAAAACCUAAGAAUUCCAAUAAUAAGAGCAUGGGGGGGUAUUCAAACCCCUCUCUAUUUCCCCUAUACUGCAGCUUGAUAGAUAAUACUGUAGGGAGAGGGGAGGAAACAAGCCAGCCUUUAUCUGAUUUCCCCCGCCACCCUAUCAUUUGCAGUUCCUUCUUUCUCCAGGUAAUGGAAUCACCUUUUACCAUAUUGGCAGGCUUUUCCCCUUGCUCGGUAUAUAUUUGGAUUAUUCUGGGUCAUUACUGUAACUGCGUGGCAAGAAAUAGCAGUUUGGCAAAGCCCAUGACACUCUUGGGACACCCUUGUUUAAUCUUAUAACUCUUCUCAUAGCCCUGGCCAAAAAUAAUAACUUCAACCAUAUUCUGUUCUAGGUGUUUAGGUCUCCUGUACCUGACUGGCCAGUGUGUGUCUCCAAAAAACCAAAAAGAUAUUCCCUAUAUUUUCUUUUGGCUUGAGACUUUACUCUCCCCCCCCCCCCCCCCCCCAACCAACCCU